AUGCCUGUUCCAUUUGAAGGUUUAUUACCAUUUGCCAUCAUGACUGCCUUCUUUGGAGUGGCAGGUCAUGGUGUUCAAUUUAUCAGAUAUUGGGGUAAUGGAUGGAAAGGUGAUAGAUUUGAUUUAGAUGAAUGGGAUGAAAAAAUGAUGAAGAGAGAUUUCCUUCUAACUGGGGUUCAAAGAGGUCAAAGUAGUGAUCCUAUUGCUCCUGAUCAUUUCAAGACCGCCGAUACUGUUAUCCAAGGUUAUUACACUCCAUAUAGAUCACAAUUCUUCUCUCUUAGAGAAAGAUUAUACAGAGGUUAUGUCACUGGUACUUGGGACUUUUCUUAA